AUGGGAGGCGAUGGAGACGCGCUCGACAACAACGCCAUCAUUGUCACCGACGCGUGCUGCUGCAUGUACGACGGCUGCCUCUUCGGGGAUGGGUGCAUCGGGUGCAUGGCGAGCGAGACGAUGUGCUGCCUCGAGAUGGAGUUCUGCUGCAAGCAGGGCGCAGAGUCGCUGUGCUGCGUCUGCUGCGCGAUCCGCUGCGUUUCGCCUACCGUGUGCAUCAAGUCGCAGGGCCAGAUGUGCUGUCUUGCCGGCGCGGCCGCCAUCCCGUGCGACGAGGAGGUGCCUUGCAUGGUCGGCACGUGCGGCAUCAUCUGCUAUCCCACGAUCGCCAUUUGCAAGACGCUGGGCGACAUCACGGGGAAUUCAGGCAUCCAGUGCGAGGCUUCCCCAAAGGACUCGUGCAGCCAUGGGAGGCGAUGGAGACGCGCUCGACAACAACGCCAUCAUUGUCACGACGCGUGCUGCUGCAUGUACGACGGCUGCCUCUUCGGGGAUGGGUGCAUCGGGUGCAUGGCGAGCGAGACGAUGUGCUGCCUCGAGAUGGAGUUCUGCUGCAAGCAGGGCGCAGAGUCGCUGUGCUGCGUCUGCUGCGCGAUCCGCUGCGUUUCGCCUACCGUGUGCAUCAAGUCGCAGGGCCAGAUGUGCUGUCUUGCCGGCGCGGCCGCCAUCCCGUGCGACGAGGAGGUGCCUUGCAUGGUCGGCACGUGCGGCAUCAUCUGCUAUCCCACGAUCGCCGUUUGCAAGACGCUGGGCGACAUCACGGGGAAUUCAGGCGAUGGAGACGCGCUCGACAACAACGCCAUCAUUGUCACCGACGCGUGCUGCUGCAUGUACGACGGCUGCCUCUUCGGGGAUGGGUGCAUCGGGUGCAUGGCGAGCGAGACGAUGUGCUGCCUCGAGAUGGAGUUCUGCUGCAAGCAGGGCGCAGAGUCGCUGUGCUGCGUCUGCUGCGCGAUCCGCUGCGUUUCGCCUACCGUGUGCAUCAAGUCGCAGGGCCAGAUGUGCUGUCUUGCCGGCGCGGCCGCCAUCCCGUGCGACGAGGAGGUGCCUUGCAUGGUCGGCACGUGCGGCAUCAUCUGCUAUCCCACGAUCGCCAUUUGCAAGACGCUGGGCGACAUCACGGGGAAUUCAGGCGAUGGAGACGCGCUCGACAACAACGCCAUCAUUGUCACCGACGCGUGCUGCUGCAUGUACGACGGCUGCCUCUUCGGGGAUGGGUGCAUCGGGUGCAUGGCGAGCGAGACGAUGUGCUGCCUCGAGAUGGAGUUCUGCUGCAAGCAGGGCGCAGAGUCGCUGUGCUGCGUCUGCUGCGCGAUCCGCUGCGUUUCGCCUACCGUGUGCAUCAAGUCGCAGGGCCAGAUGUGCUGUCUUGCCGGCGCGGCCGCCAUCCCGUGCGACGAGGAGGUGCCUUGCAUGGUCGGCACGUGCGGCAUCAUCUGCUAUCCCACGAUCGCCAUUUGCAAGACGCUGGGCGACAUCACGGGGAAUUCAGGUGGGGAUGCACCCCCAGCUGAGCAGGUGGGCUAA